GAGGCCAUACCCCGCGCUACUUUGCCCGUUCUUCACCUCCUCGCCAGAGCGCGAGCCCCUCGCUACCGUCGCCGCUUGGCUUGCAGUGUGCGAGUGCAAGUUGGAGUGUGUGCGUGUGUGUGUCGUAUCGGUAGUUGCUGGGAUCGCUUCGUCCGCGCUCGGAGAUCGUUGGCCAGGAGGGUCUCACUAUAUGGGGGUGAGUAGACGGUGGUCACGACUAGCCAAGCACGACUGGAGGACCGCGGCCACCACGGGGGCACCGCAAUUGUAAUGUGAGCGCGCGGAGCGAGAGACCUACUCCUGAGGGAAUUUUGGGUGGGGCUGCAGAAAAACGGGGUGCGGGGGCGGAGCACCCAAGGCGGGGCAGCAGCAGCAGCAGCAGCCAUGGCCACGAGGAACUUCUUCGACCUGCUCGCCGACGACGAGAAUGAGGACCCGUCGCAGGUGGUAGUGCGAGCCACGCCUGUCGCCACCGCGGCGGCGGUGGAGGCCAAGCCUGCCGACAAGAGGAAGCCCGCCGCGCCUGCGAAGCUGCCGACUAAGCCCGCUUCUCCGGCCGAGGCUGUUAAAGAUGGACGGAGGGCUCAGUACGAUGGAGCCAGAGGCGGGCGAGGUGGUUAUCGUGGUGGACGUGGGUACAGUGGUGGCCGGGAAGGCGGUGGCCCCCGUGAGGGAGGAGAUUACAGAGAACGCGGCAACUACAGCAACGGUCGCAAUGGAAGCAUCACCCGCAAUGCCGACGGUUUUGUCGGUGGGCGCGACUCGUAUGACAGGCCAAUUCGUACUGAGAAUGGUGAGAGACGUUCAUACGAGGGUGGUCGUGGCGGAGGUAAUGGCCGCGGCGGUGGUGGUCGUGGAUUUGGUGAAGGAGAUGAGCAUCGUCCUAGGCGCGAGUUCGAUCGUCAGAGCAGAGGCUCCAGAGGAGGGAGUGUUCGAGGAGUGAGUGAAGAAAGUAAGCGAUCAAACCGAGCAGGUUCAGUUGAGAAGACUGAGCAGGGGGAACCCGUGGAUGCUGCUGAAAAGGAAGGGACAGCCGAGAAGAAGGAAGAGGACAAUGAGAUGACGCUGGAGCAGUAUGAGAAGGUUUUGGAGGAGAAACGUAAGGCCCUAGAGGCUACGAAGGCCUCAGAGAGGAAGGUCGAAAUGGACAAGGCUUUCGAGAAAAUGCAGCUCGUGGAGAACAAGAAGCGCGAAGAGGAUGUGUUCAUUAAGUUGGGCCAGGAGAAAGAGAAAAUCAAAAGGGAUGCCGCUGAAAGAGAGGAGAAGUCCCGAAAGCCUGUUAGCAUCAACGAGUUUCUGAAGCCCGCUGAAGGGGAAAGGUUUUACUACCCGUCCAACCGCGGCCGUGGAGGUCGAGGUGGUCGUGGAGAUCGCCGUGAUGGCGGUGACCGUCACGACAGUGGGUACCGUGGAGACCGAGAUUCUACUCGUGGCAGCUUUGGUGCCGAGAGGUUUGGUGACGGUCGUGGUUCAGCUGCAGGAAGUGCAGUUACUCCCAAGAUCGAAGACCAAUCACAGUUCCCAACUCUGGGAGGCAAGUAAGCGGGCACUAUCUGGAAGCGAAGGUAGGCUGUCUGGAAUUGACAUGCAGGAUCACCUUAGAAGGUCUUGCAUGAAAGCGAAGCUGCAAGGGUGUGCUGAGGGAGUCUUCUGUCAGUAUAUCGGAAUGCUGUUAGCAUCGUCGAGGAAGCUGUUUUGGGUUCGCACGUCUCCCGUUUUCUUCUCAAUUUUCUUUUUUUCUACCUAUCAGUUUGUUAUCUUGGUUUAUAGUCUCAUGUGUUCAUGAGUUUUUGUCUGGAUGCGUGUUCUGUUAGCAAUUCUUAUCACGAAGAGUAUGAGACUAUGCAACUAGGAUGGCCAAGCUGAAUGAGAGAUGUGAAAUAGCGAUGUCUUUUCUGAGAUGUUCUGAGGUGUGGGAUUAUAGGAAAUGUGGAGGGAACUGGAGUUGGAAAUAGUUUCUUUCAUAACAUUACCUAGUCACCUCGCCCGGCAUCGGAGGUGGUAAAAUUUGUCAAUCUAUUAUAAUUGUUAAAGUUGGUAUGUCUCAUGUAAA